AUGAAACUUGGGUCCAAAGAGGCUAUCAAGACCAAGAGGCGUGGAAUGUUAACCAAAGGUGUCUGCCUCCUACAAGACAACGCCCUUGCUCACAGCUCUCACAUUGCCCAGAUAGAAUGGCGGUCCUUUGGCUUCAUCCUUCCUCACCCUCCUUAUUCUCCUGCCCUUGCACCAUCUGACUUCCACCUCUUUCCGUUCUUGGAGUCAUUUUUUGCAGGGUACCUUGAAGUUUGGGCACCAUUGAGAGACCUUACACAAGACAGGGACGGAAGCCAGAUGCCAAGACACACUGAACGUGGCUUCGUCAAAGAUAGAUUUUAA